AUGUCGGUUGCUCUUCUGUGUUUCUGGGCCCUCCUUGUCUCUCUAUCGGGAUUCAGCGGCUGCGAUGGACGACGCAUCGUUGCUGUGGGGGAUCUUCACGGUGAUCUCAAUCAGACCCUCUCCAUCCUGCGUCUCACGGAACUUGUGAAUGAUCACCAGCAUUGGAUAGGGGGAGAUACAUUCUUUGUCCAGCUUGGAGAUAUUCUCGAUGUUGGCCCUGAUGAUCUUAUGAUAGUGCGUCUUUUAAUGAGGCUGGAAAAAGAGGCACAGGCUGCUGGUGGAGAUGUUAUUCAGCUUCUGGGAAACCAUGAAAUUCGAAAUCUUGUUGGCGACUACCGUGCUGUGGACCCAGGAAGUCUCGCGCACUCUGGUGGAAGAAAAGGCCGUGAUGAACUGCUUUCCAACAAAACUGAUGUGGGAAUGUAUCUGCGGACCCGAAAAGCCAUCUUUCAUCAUGGGGAGUUCCUUUUCAUGCAUGGUGGGUUUUCAACGGCAACAGGAGGUAUGAUCACUGGAAUUGAUAAGGUCGAAGGGUUCAAUGCCGCGAUGCGGAGCGCACUAGUGAAUAAUACCCUGACUCCUUUAGGGAAAGCAGGGCUUGAUUUGGCUGAAGAUAAUGGGAGCGAGGUGGCCAAUCCUAUUCUUGUCCGCUCCAUUCUAAAUGUCCGGUGUGAAAGCCUAAAAAAGGUUUUGAAUAAGAAAUUUAAAGGGAUUAGAUCGGUUGUGGUGGGACAUGUGCCCCAUAACCCCCAGGAUUUUUCUGAUUGGCGUCUCUGUGAUGGCCGCUUGAUUGCUAUUGAUUUUGGUCUCAGCCGUUGGAAGAAAGGCGAUCCUGGACACGUGGCUGCACUCGAAAUUGAUGAUGAGGUUGGCCAUGUGCAGUUGAUUGAAUCCACUGUCGAGUUCCGUGAUUUCAAGCUGGACGUGCAUGAUUCUGUGGUUGAUAAGGUUAAGCAUUCAUUGCCGUUAAUCAAGCUUGCAGCUGUGGUUGUGGCUUCGGUCCUUCUGCUUGGCUUGUUGGGCAUGUGGCUGUAUUCUUCUACAGGAGGUAAAGCGUUGUCAGACAAAACACAAGAGUCCUACGGGUCUGUUAACCUUAGGAUACAGGGAUAG